GUAACCUCAACGUUAAAUCGAGCCGAAUAAGAAUAUCGAACGCUCGUUUGUCAAAGGGAAAAUUCAUACACGUUGCUUGAAUCUUCACAAAGUUUAUACAAAAUGAGCGACGUAAGAUGGAUUGUAUCACCAACUAUAACGUGAGAGCGAAGCAUCUCAAGAGACAGAGCAAGCUAUUAGCACCGAGAAACGCGUCCGCCAGAGAUGGAUCAGAAUAAGUACAUAGAAGUAAGAAUCGUCGAACCUCUUGCGGAAGUUCCGACAACCGACACCACGCGCGAGUAUUUCAUAAAAACGUUAAGCACAAUUCACGAGUGCGACAGUGUGAAGGUCUGCCAGUCGUGCGUUCAAAGCGAGAACUCGUGCGCGCAGAGAAACGUCCCGCAUCCCGCGAGCCAGAAGUCGAACAUCAGAAGCUUUCCGUCUUCGAAGCAGAAGCUGAAUUCGGACAAACCGCUCGACAUCGAUUUGCUCUUGCGAUGUUACGCGCGUAAUUCAGACAUGGAGAAAUCGAUAAACAAAGUUCUAGCGAGAAUGGACGAUCAGGCGUGCAAAGACACAGACCUCGCACCGUUGAUCGAACUGGGCGCCGUUUGCAAAAUUUGCGACUCGCUGGGAAAAGAUUCCUCGCCGUUGCGCGAGUUGCAACUCACGAUGCGGCGAUGGAGCGAGAAGAAGCUGGAAGAGAUCCUCUCGAACGACCCAUCGAUGAAAAUGUGCGAACACUGCGGCGUGAUAAGCUGCGCGAAGCCGCGGCGUACUUCCGUCGAGUCGCGAAAAUCGCCACUUACGACCUCUUACUUUUUGAACGCGCAGAUGUUCCCGGACGGUGACGACGACGCGAAAACUUACGGACAAGCGAGGAAAAUUAAUUGUGGAAAGGAGCAAGAGAAGAAACGAGUUGGAAAGUGCCGCAACGUGCAGAGGAAUGGGAAUCGUUUAGGCAACAAAGAGCGGAUGGACGAUGGAAAAACUUACGGCUCGCGGGAGAUAAGUCUGAAACGAGAAAAUAAUUUUCCGCAAUGUGUCGAGACCAUGGUAGCUGAACGCGAACACGAAAUGCGGUCUGACGCGAUAAACAGAGAAGCGUUGGAAACGGAUAAAACGGAGCUGCAAAAUUACGUUAAAAGUUCGCAAAUUAAAAAUUCCAAAGGAACGGUUGGAGCGACGACUGAAUAUCAAUCGCGGGUGGAAACUGACUCUAACUUCGAGGAAAACGAUAAAAACAAAAAAGACGACACCACUGUCGAUUUCGGAGGUAAUUUUUUGUAUUUUUCUAAUCCAGUCGACUGUGAGGGUAAAUUUGUGUCGAGAAGUAAGUUAAAUAAAUGUAAAGUGUCAUUAAGGAAGGACCAGCGAGAAAUGAAUUCCAACGAGAAAGUUUUGAGAGACAUUCUGUACGAAAAACCGGAAUCCGAUUUUGCUGACUCGGCAGCAUCAAAUUGUCAGUCUUUAAAUAACAGAGAGCGCACAGGAAAUAAACAUAAUCAAUCAACGAACGUCGUUAACGAUGCGGCUCAGUCUGGUAAUGAAGCGACGUACUUGGCAAGGGAUCGUGUCGAAUCGAUAGAUAGAAAGAGUAAAGAAUCGAUUUCGCAAUUGGAUGAAACAACGCGCGUACAUUCUAGAUAUCCUACUAAUAGGCGUAGUUUCCUUUUGCACAACAAACUAAAUCCAGAGCUUUCGGUAAGCGACAAACCGAUGUCAUCGGAUAAAAUCGAGAGAAAUAGAGUUCCAAAUAUGGCCAGCGUCGAUUCUCAAAAUCGGACGAAACAUUCGAGACACAUCGAAUCGGUUCGGAAUGUUAAACAGCUUGAGAGUCUCACGUGCUUGAUGGAGGACGAUUCGUUAGAAAAUUGCGUCGAGGCGUCUAGCACGUUGGUACAGAUUAAUGAAAGUAAUACCACGCUCGUUAGCUCCUCGUCUGCAGAGAACAUGAUACGCGAAUGGGUGAAAGUUCCGCAAAUUAGCGAGAAAACUAGCGUACGAAACGAAACGUGCAAGAGUUUGGAUUCGAAAUCUUCUUCGGUUGAUUUAAACUGUUCGAAAAUGUCAACCGAAUCGCAGCAACGUAAUCGAGAAGAUCGCAGCGAGUCAUCGUCGAAGAAUCAAACGAGAAACCAUCGUCGGAGUAAACGAACUAUAUCGAGUAUAAUCAGUGGCAGCUUCAAGCUUUGGAACAGCAAAGACUCGAUAAAGGAUAAAGGGAGUGAGAAACGUUUUCGAAAGCAUUUGUUCGAAUCGUUUAAAAGCGACAAAUCCGUGAAAUCGACGAAGUUGAAAGAGUUGAGCGAAAACAGUGAAUCUUUAGAUUCAUCCAACGGUGUUCGAAAUAUUACGAGGCGAAUCGUUUAUGACGAAUCGUCGUUACAAAAUUUGAUAGACAACAGCGGGAAUAAAAUGGAAGAGACGUUGUCACGUUAUCGAAAAAUUCUGGAAAGUACGGAGAAUAUGGAUUGGCGCAGCUUUCGACGAUUCGUCGAAAAUUUACACCCCGGCAAGAGGAACGUUUGGCGCGACAUUUGCAAAAUUAUCGAUGACAAAGUGAAAAGAAUGACCGACGAGGACGACGGCACUGCGGAGAUUUGUAUAGAAAUCACUUCCGUUCCAUCCCGAAAGGGAAAGGAGCAGGAGAGAGGACCGUGCAGCAACGAGAUCGUGUUCGAGAUGGACGUAACACUCGGAGACGUCGAGAGGUAUCUCAGUAGGCAACUACCUUUCACGGAGAAAGAGCAGCUUGACACCUUUAAGAGAGCCAAUGAAGUUAUUAAAGUUGGAAACGAUGACGUUUGUGAUAUUGGAGUGGCCUCUAAUCAAGCUGAAUAAGCAGUUCCGCACGCUUUCAAUUUUUCCCUCUACGUAAUUUCGAUUAUCAUCAAGUUCUUUCUCGCCGUUCUUUCUUCUCUCUCUCUCUCUCUCGUUCUCUUUCUUUUGUUACGUGAAGUAAUCUCCAUAACGCGACAAAUUCUUGA